AUGUCGAGGCUGAACCACGGCACGACGAGGUCGGGGAGCAACGGCUCCUUCACGGCCGAGGGGCCGCAGCUCUCCUCGCUGCGGGAGGACGAGCAGGUCUCGCUGCCCUACCCUUCUGCGGACUGGGAGAGCGAGUCGGGCAAGGAGGCGUGGGCGGCGAGAGGGAGGCGGGUCAUGGUGGCCUUCUUGCUGUCGGCGCCGCUCCUGCUCACGCUGCUGCUCCCAAAGUCGAUUGACGAGCAGCACAAGCUCAACCACGCGACCGUGGCGGCGGCCAACUACAUUGGCGACGCCUCGUUUGCGCUGACCGGAUCGCUAGCGGCGGGCAUGGAGGGGAUGGACCUGCUCGGAUGCAUCAUCGUCGGCUUCAUCACCGCCCUCGGCGGCGGCACGCUCCGCGAAUUCGAGUACUUUUUGUGCGUCGGCACGUCGACGCUCGCCUUUUUCCUCUGGCCCUCGCUCUCGCGGCGCCUCAAGCUCACCACCGCCGAUGAAUGGCUCUUUUGGACCGACACCGUCGGCUUGGGCGUCUUUGCCGCGAACGGAGCCCUCGCCGCCGCCGUGCUGACGCCGCGCAUCCACGGGGUGGCGUGCGCCUGCUGCGGCAUGUUCUCCGCGACAUUCGGAGGGCUCACGCGCGACGUGCUGCUGGGGCGGCCUCCCAGAAUCCUCUACGCCGAGGCCGACCUGUACGCGACGCCCCCCUUCAUCGGCGGCCUCGCCACCGCGAUGCUGGUGCGCAUGGACCCGGAGCGGGAGGCCGACUCGGUGAUGCUCGGCUUCUUCGUGACGGUGCUGCUGCGGGUGCUGGCGUACAACGAGCCGGUCCGGCUGCCCGUCUUCCCCGCCUCCGCCAUCUACUCUGUCGAUCAGCGGCAGAAGAGCCGCUUCUUUGGCGAGCCGUCCACGGCGAGGCAGGCGAGCCGCUGGCUCUCAAACGCGUCGGUGUACGACUCGACGGUCUACGACUCGAUGGUCAGCUCGGUGUGCGACGCGGUGAUGGCCAAGGCGGGCCAGUCGUCGCGCGCGUCCUUUGUGCCCUCGACCUUCCGGCAGCCUCUCGCGCCCGACGCCGCCAGGGGGAGGGAGUCGAGGUGCCACCUCAAGGGCGCCAUCUCUGCGGUCCAAGCGGGCGCGGUGGCGUACAGCGGUACAGGAGGGGUUGCGCGGGGUGGGAUCCGGGGCGAGCUGUGCUGUGGAAGCUACAUCGUUGCCGCUGCUUAA